UCAAACACGACAGCCACCAACAUGCCGAUCGAGACGGACAGUUCGCAAAAGCACCUUCUCGUCAAGGAAGAACAACUCCUCAUGAAGGACGAAGCCGUCGCGCCCAAAGUGUCUCGCACGCGCAAGGCCCUCAUCGCGCUCGGUACGAGCCUCGCGUUCCUUGGCGCGUACUCGGCGGCUGCCGCGGACACGCAGCCCAUGAUGCCGACGGUGGUCAACGCCAACAUGCUCCAACAGGCACCGUCGCCGGCGUGCACGUUCAAUGACGGCGACCUCAUCACGGUGCAGGCCGACACCGGCAAGCUCCUCGCCCGUUGCAACGGCUGC